AUGGAAGAAACAGAUGCUCAAGUCAACCUAUGGUUGGAUAAAUUGGAGGUAGAGAAGGAGAAUGCUGAAUGGAGAUGUGCUUUGAUAGCUUAUGUGAUUGGUGAAGUCCCAGGGUAUAACUAUAUGUGUAGAUUUAUAAAUAGAACAUGGGAAAAUAUAGCUGAGCCUGACAUUUAUCUACAUGAGGAUGGUCUCUAUGUUGUGAGGUUCCAAAGCUUAGAGGAUAUGCAAAGUGUGUUGUACUAUGGGCCUCAUACAAUUAAUAACAGACCAAUCAUCCUCAAACAAUGGACUGCUGACUUUAACUUCACUUUGGAUUUCCUUACUGAAAUUCCACUAUGUGUCAGCUUUCCUAAAUUACCAAUGAGUUGUUGGGGAGGGGAUUCUUUAAGUAGAGUUGCUAGUGCAAUUGGGAAACCAAUAUUUGCUAAUGAAUGCACUUCAAAACAUAGUAGAAUCUCAUUUGCCAGUAUCCUGAUUGAAGUAAAUGUCACCAAAGGAUUGCCUGAAGUAGUUAAAGUCAUGGAUCCUAAUGGAAGACAAUUUUUACAAGAAGUGGAGUUUGAUUGGAAGCCUGAGUAUUGCCCAUAUUGUAUGAAGGUUGGACAUGUUUGUCCUCCACCCAAACCAAAUGCUCCUCCACCAGUUCCUGCACCUUCUGAUACCCCUCCUGUUGCUAAGGAGAAACCAUUUAUGCAGCCAAAGAAGAGAAGAAGGCCUCAGAACCCCAUUCAACAGUAA